CAAGCCUUCGAUGCCGGUGGGGACGGGCCCUGGGGACAAAACCCAUAUCUGGCGCCGUCCGCGCUCCCUGCCGCUCUUUUGCCUGCUGUCGCUUGGUUGACUUUCUCCCUGCUGUCGGUUGAUUGACUUCUGUCGCUUGGUUAUUGACUUUCUGCCAGCUGUUGCCAUUCUUUGUCCGUCGCCCGGUCCCUAUCUGUAGCGGCCCUCGUAUUCCGCAUCCAGCACCCAGCACCCAGGCUCAGACUCGCGUCUUGCGGCAGCAGCACGAGAGACGUGCGCCGGCGAUGCAGACGGCUUGAUCUCGUGACACGACUCUCCUUUUGCUCUCUGGACAUUCCCGACUACCCUACGCUCCUUGCUCCCCCCGCCCGCUGGCACGAUGCCCCCCCGCGACGCCAACUGGAUAGAUGGCCUGCGCGGCAUUGCCUCGUUCAUGGUCGUGAGCGGCCACCUGUGCACCGCGCUGGUGCCCUGGCUGCACGCGCCUGCAAACGACCCAAAGACUGCGCCGCACCUGUUUCAGCUGCCCUUCUUCCGCCUCGCCGUCGGCGGCCGCAGCGCCGUCGCCAUCUUCUUCCUCGUGACGGGCUAUGUCAACUCGAUCGGGCCCAUCGGCAAGUCGCGGGCCGGCAACCACGACGCCGCCUUCACGGGCAUUGCGCGCUCUGCUCUCGCGCGCUCCGGCCGCCUUGUCCUGCCCACAAUGGCUGCGACCUUCAUCACCUGGUUCAUGGCGAACACGAACGCAUACCACAUGACAAAGCACGUUGAUUCGACGUGGAUCCGCCAGGGCUGGCACAGGCAGGAGCCGACGGUGUGGGCCGCCUUCAAGUCGCUGGUCAAGGUCGAGACCGAGACGUGGACGAUUGGGUGGAAUGAGUACGACGGCACACAGUGGACCCUGCACUUGUUCCUGGAGGGCAGCAUGCUGGUCUACACGACCAUGUUUGCGACCGUCAUGGUCAAGCCCAAGGCGCGCCUGCUGGUCUACGCUGUGCUGUACGUCUACUUCUGGCAGAUGGGCGAGGGUCUCGCAGUCGGUGCUCUCAAGGGACUAAACAUUGUCACGGGCAUGUUCGUCGCCGAACUGCACAGCCACUACAGGGACUCCGCAACCUCGGUCCUCCCCGCGCCUGUGCCCGCCAUGAUGAUCAUCUUCGGUAUGUUCCUCGCCGGGUACCCUCAGGACAGCCCUCAGAACGCCCACUGGUCGCACGUCAUGCAGCGAAUGAUGCACAGCAUCACACCUGACAAGUCGGACAUCCGUCGUUACUGGGAUCACCUGGGCGCAUCCACCGUGCUCCUGGGAAUCUUCUUCUCUGCUAGAGCACGCAAGGUACUCACAUCUCCCGUCUUCAACUUCCUUGGCCGCGUCAGUUUCCCCGUGUACCUGCUCCACAACACAUUCAUAAAGUCCGUGCUCACUUGGAUGAUCUAUCUCCCAUCCGCCAUGAAUCCGCCCCGCAACGAGAAGGGCGAGCAGCUCGACCUUCAGCGCGGAUCCACAACACACAUCUUCAUCGCCGUAGCGGUUUUCUACUACAUACUGUACCGUACAGCAGCCCUCUGGAUUAAACACGUCGACCCAGUAUGCGCAAACAUGGUCAACGCCGCAACAAAAUGGGCCUACGGCGAGCCCCAGCAGCGCGAGUCACGCCCCAUUCUCGGAAACGGGAGCGCGUCUCCCAAGCAGAUGUCCGUCCUGCCAUCAUGAGACACCCAUCUCUCCCAGAGUGUUACUGGCACUCACAUCUAUUCUUGUGCAUAGCGGAGCAUGGUUCUCUGCGCCUUCACACUAGCGUAUCACAUUUAGUACCGUCCAUCUCCUAUGUCACUGUAUAACGAUCGGCAUUCUGAGCGAGCGUGGUAAGCCGAGCCGAGUCCGAACUUCCUUAUUUCUAGCAUACCCAAAAUCGCGGCGUUGAAGAGCAUCUGGAUCAGCAUUUGGUUGGAAGCUUUGCAUAUACUGUACACGCAGCGUCAAGUGUUUGAACAGCUUGUUGACAUGCAAAGGUAAGAUGAAUCAUAUGGAUGUGGCUGUAGAGUAGGUAGAGUAGAGGUGGAGGAGGAUGAGCGAAUACACAAGAUAUUACU